UUAAAUUGUACAGUAUUUUUUAAGUCAAUCAACGAAUUUUCUCUCAAUUCAGCUUUUGCUGCAAAUGAGUUAUAUAUUUCCUUUCUUUUAUUCAGGAAGCACAGCAGCAUGGUAAAACACAUGGUGUAAAAUAUGAUGCAACUCAACACAGUGCAACUCGUCCUGCAGCUCAGGAAGUUUCACACAAACAUUUUUUCUCUGAAGCACAACAGCAUGGUAAAACACAUGGUGUAAAACAUGACAAAACUCAACACAGUGCAACUCGUCCAGUAACGCAUUGUGUACCUCACGAAGUUUCACACAGAACUUCCUACUCGCCUUAUUCUAGAAUGUUAGAGGACACAGAUAUAUACCGGAAAGGAUAUCCGGGUAAACGUGAUGAUUUAUCUAAAGAAAAAAAUUGGCUCUUUUAUUCGAACAGCAUACCAUAUGAACCGAAUGGAAUACUCAUAGAUGAAUUGCAUCGUGAUUGGGCUGUUGACUAUGAUACCUUAGAAAGAAGGCAUGAUUACAUCCAAUGGCUGUUUCCCAUCAGGGAGUCGGGUAUAAAUUGGAGAGCGCAAGAACUACAACUACAUGAAGCAAAGAAAAUAAAGGAAAAUAAGAACGCCAAAGAUAGAGUUCUCAAAUCUUAUAGAAUAAUGCUGGGAUUUUAUGGAAUAAAGUCAGAUAAUGAAGGGAAGUUGUUAAAGUAUGCAGAUAAUUGGUCAGAACGAGCUUCUCAUCUGAACAGGUCAAGACAUAAUCACUUGAGGAUAACUCGAAUAUUGAAGAGUCUUGGUGAACUUGGAUUUGAGGAUUUAAAGAAACCUUUUAUUGACUUUAUUUUAAAAGAAAUAUUCGAAUCUAAAUUACUUUGGUAUACUUUUGAAAGUUGCAAGAACUAUUGGAUUCAAGUGUUAAAGAAUGAUGAGGAACGGAACAAAUGCCUGUCGUCCUUAGAAAAAUACGCAAAAGGAAGUCAAGAAAAACGGAGUUACAAAAAGUCAAAACGAACUACUUAUGUUUAAAGAUUUAUAAUGAGUAAUUAAAGCAUUUUGAUUUACACUAAAGCUGCAACACCUUGAUCCAAAUAUAAAACAUUCUUUAAUGCAAGUAUGAAAAAAUACAAAGUGAAGGAAAAAAGGACAGUAACAAUAGGCGAGCAGAUUAGAGGCUAUUUUGGGGUGCACCUUAAUUAUUGACUCGUUAUUCUAUUUUAGUACAAGAAAAAUACAUCUUAUGGUUGAAAAAAUUGCAACAGAAUUUCUGUUUGCACAAUGCAUUUUCUUAAGGUCUCUGUAUGAACAUACUAAAAGUCUAGAAAAAUCCACAUAGGGGAAGUGUGUAUUUUUCAAAAUGGCCGCCAAAAAUGGAUAGUUUUAACCAAAAAUUGAAAAAAAAAAUGAUCAUUUCAACAUGUUUCAGCAUAUUUUUUUUUCUAAAAUAUAUUUACAAAUCCUAAAAUAGUUCUGAUGCAUAUAUGUAUGUACACUUAUUUGAUGUGGGUAUAAUUAAUUUCAAGAUGGCUGCCACAAAUACGACGACAUAUUUAGUGGUGUAUGCAUAAGACCCCAAGCAGCUAUAGUGCCAUAAGGACGUUUUGGGCAAAAGCACCAACUUAUUACAU